UAAAACCAACAUCUACCUGUACUUAAAUUUGAUCAUUAUCUUAUUUAAACCAUUUACUUUAAAACAAAUAUAUAUAAUAUCUAACAAUUGUUGAAUUAAACCAAGAAUGCUGGCAUCUAAAUAUGAAACAUGUCUACUAUUCAAUGCUCAACAAAAGAAGUUGAAAAUAUCCUUUGAAGACGUUCGUUUUACAGAUAGCUUAAACAAAGUAUCACCAAGUGAUGUUGAACUCUCUGACUCUUUAACCUCUCAUUUUAAGUCUCUUCGACGCGAUGCUACCAUGAAUCGGAUUAUCGAACAGGAAAUGAAUAGCAUUAGGAAGGUGGUACCUGAAUCUCUAUUGAAGAAUUUAUCAUAUUCUCAAAAGCGUAGACAGCUAUUCAGCGUUUUAUAUGAGGUAUUUGUUCGUGCUUGAAUAAUCGGCUUACUGUUACAGGAGGCUAUCGACUAUGUUUCAAUGGACACUCUAUGCAUUGCGAUAGUCCUUUUAGAUCGCUGCUAUUCUAUCAAACCCUCUAUUCCUUCUAAAGCUUUCAAGAUAUAUGCAAUUGGGACUUUAUUUAUCGCCUGUAAACUCACAAGUGACUUUACGGUUGCAAAGAAAAGUUUCUGUAAACAACUCGCACCAAGUUUAUCUAUACGUGAGCUAGAGAAAUACGAAAAAAUAGUACUGUCGCUUCUGACUUAUGACAUUUAUGUCCUAUCUCUCCCGUCCGUCGAAUCCUACCUUACUCCUCUGAUUUUCCAGCAUUCGUUUUUCAAAACUCUUUCAGAAGAGGAUUCUGAGCAGCUUAUGUGCGAGUGGCAGUACAUGCUGGUUGAAAUAAUGAAGGAUUGUCGAUUCACUGCUUUUAGGCCGAGUGAAAUUAUUUGUGCCUCUCUGUGGAUACUCCUUAAUGCCAUGUGGCCUUCUCGAUUUGUUAUUACACCUUUUUUUUAUUUAUGCACUUCUAUGGACAUUGAAGGUGACAAGGAAAAUGAAUUUAAAUACUUAAAACGUUUUAAUGACUGCAUUGAACUCAUAUUUAAAAAGUUACCCUCUCUCUCUUGAGGUUAAAUUAAUCACACCUAUUAAACUUAAUCUACACCUGCUUAUUGUUUGGGGAUUUGUCAGUCAUGAAAAUCCUCUGCAUCGUCUUAAUCAGCGUUAUAAUCUAAUAAUAAAUAAUAUUAAUUCCAACAAGACCAGUCUUUGGUUUCAGC